AUGAUCCCCACAUACUCUUCUUCAUUACUUAAGGCUUCCACAAUGUAUGUCAAAGCAUUUCUCGCCUUCUCAUGUUGCCUACUCAAGAAAACGCAUGCUUUCCAUCGACCCAAGUCACCCCAACCGUUUCAACCUGAAAGUCAAGCUGGGCGGACGCCCGUAGAUUCCUCAGCGGUCCCAACAGCCCCAGCCAAACAACACGAUGCGGCCGACAGUCAAGGCCCUUCUCUACAUUGCGACCUUUGGAAAUCUGCCUAUGAUCAACUGUACCAAGAGGAGCGGGAUAUCUUGUCGGAAGUACAAGCUACUACCCGACGAAAAAACAACGACAAGAAGCGCUCCCAAACUGUAGCAGUCAUCGACGAUGUUAUUCAGAUAACGGAGGAGCAAUACAAGGAAUAUCAGAAAAAAGGCAUAAAAAUCCGAAGGUCAGGAGGGGAAGACUUCGACCUUCGAAAGCUUUCACGAAAAAUUCUUAUUGCUGCCUUGUCCUUCAAAGACGUCGUGAACACGGUGGUGUCUUUCGAUCCUACCCAUCACGCCGCAAGUGCAUGGGCAGUCAUCUCCCUUGGUUUGAGCAUGACACAAAACCGACUAGAUCUCCAAGACGCUUUAUUUGAAUCUUCCGAAUUCCUCGCGGAAGUCCUUUCUGGGUGCGCCUAUAUUGAAACCACCUUCUACCAGAAUGGACCCAUUGCAAAAUCGAAGAUCGAAAGUGCGACUGUCGGGAUCUAUAAAGCAAUUCUUCGAUAUGCAGCGGAAGUGCUGACCGCUCAGAAUGCUGGUGUCGGAAGGAAAAUACUAUACAGUGUUACCCCGAUAACUGAUCAACGGCUUAUGGAACUGCGAUCUUCUGUUGAAACUGAAUGGCAGAAGCUCUGUCAGCUGGUGCAAUUCGACGCACUAGAUAAAGGGUUGCAAAAUGACAAACGAGCAGAGCUUUAUUUGGCCAGGAUUGACGACGAGGUGUCCAAAGUUCUCCGCGUCCUCAUCCAAGAUUUCAGUCUGCCCGUUGCGGAAGGAGCUCUUUAUAAUUCAUACGCGAAUCAGGGCGAUGACACCUGCCUUCCAAAUACCAGGGUUGAUUUGCUCAGCGAAAUCUCCAAAUGGGCGGAAUCCUGCGAAGGCAAACAUAUAUUCUGGCUGAACGGUAUGGCUGGGACAGGCAAGUCUACUAUCGCUCGAACGGUUGCUCAUUCCUUCGACGAGAAGGGGAAACUAGGAGCUAGCUUCUUCUUUAAAAGGGGUGAAGCCGACCGCGACAAUGCGAGAAGGCUUAUACCAACCGUCACGAAAGAAUUGAUGAAAAAGAUUCCGCAGCUGGUACCUGGUGUCCUUGCAGCGAUUGAACGCGACCCGGAUAUCUCAUCAAAAGCUCUCAGCCAUCAAUUCGAUGCACUCCUUCUUCAUCCCUUACAGGAAUUAAAGCUACAUCGAAAUAUCAAUAUGGUAGUUGUGCUUGAUGCAUUGGAUGAGUGCGUAUCUGCCGACAUACAUAUUCUACUCAAGCUCUUGCCGCAGUUGCGAAAGUCUACGUCUAUUCGCUUGCGGAUCUUCCUGACAAGCCGACCUGAACUACCCAUACGCCGUGGGUUCAAGCAAAGUGGUGAUCAUCAAGAUCUCGUUCUUCAUGAGCUUCCUAGUCCAGUGAUCGAGCAAGACAUAAGACUCUUCUUGAGAGUGCGUUUAUCGGACAUCCGGAAAGAAAAUUCCCUCCCCCGAGACUGGCCUCGCGAUGAUGAAAUGGAAAAGUUAGUGACCUUAUCUAUUCCUCUCUUUAUCUACGCAGCUACAGUCUGCCGUUUUAUCGGAGACGGAAAAAGAAGUCCAACGCAGCGUUUAGCAACGGUUCUCCAGUCCGAAGCUGCUAAACCUUCAUCUCAGAUGGAGCGUGUUUACCGACCUGUGUUGAUGCAGGUACUUGGUGAUGAUCCAAAGGAAUCUCAUGAUCUUGUCAGAGAGUUCCGAAAUAUAGUUGGUGUUAUUAUUCUUCUCGCCACCCCCCUCUCAGUGUACACUCUUGGCCAGCUUCUCUCUACAUCGGUCGAGGACAUUAGCUACUUAUUGGAUAAGCUGCACUCUGUUCUCGCCGUGCCAGAGGACAUCAAUUCACCUGUCCGCACUCUCCAUCUAUCAUUCCGAGAAUUCCUCCUCAACACAGGAGAGGAAGACCUCCAUGUGAAUGAGAGACUGACCCAUGGAGAGAUACUCUCACAUUGUCUCGGGGUUAUGAAAUCUGGACUGAAACGUAACGUGUGCGGUCUAUCCAGUUAUGGGACCCUGCGGGAAGAUGUUGCGAGUCAAGUCAUUGACCAGUAUAUUCCGCAAGCAUUGCAAUAUUCCUGCCGCUACUGGAUGUAUCAUUUUGAGAAGGCUGGCGACAAGGAACGGGAAAAGGACAUAUUCCCUUUCCUCAAGGAGUACUUCAUUCAUUGGCUAGAGGCAAUGAGCUUGCUGGGACUUGCGUCAGAGACUGUUGGUAUCAUUGGUACUCUUCGGACAAAGUCGGUGACCGAUGUAGAGUUUUUGAAAUUCUUACAGGACGCUUACCGAUUUGUUUUGAAACACGCCCAAAUGAUCAACAUGGCUCCGCUUCAAGUCUAUUGCUCCGGACUCGCGUUCUCGCCAACAGACAGUAUUGUUAGAAGGAUAUUCAACAACAAACAACCUAGCUGGUUGCCUGUCUUGCCGCAAGUGCAUAAGUCAUGGAGCGCAGAGCUCCAGACGCUUGAGGGCCAUUCCUCUUGGGUUUCGUCAGUGGCCUUCUCACCGGACGGCCAGAGGAUCGUGUCAGGUUCUGACGAUAAUACGAUCAAGCUCUGGGAUGCCCAGACCGGCUCAGAGCUGCAAUCCCUCCAGGGCCAUUCGGAUUCGGUCCACUCAGUGGCCUUCUCACCGGACGGCCAGAGGAUCGUGUCAGGUUCUGACGAUAAUACGAUCAAACUCUGGGAUGCCCAGACCGGCUCAGAGCUGCGAUCCCUCGAGGGCCAUUCGCGUCCGGUCUACUCAGUGGCCUUCUCACUGGACGGCCAGAGGAUCGUGUCAGGUUCUGACGAUAAUACGAUCAAGCUCUGGGAUGCCCAGACCGGCUCAGAGCUGCGAUCCCUCGAGGGCCAUUCGGAUUGGGUCCACUCAGUGGCCUUCUCACCGGACGGCCAGAGGAUCGUGAUAUACGGUAGCAAGAUCAGACUCUGGGAUGCCCAGACCGGCUCAGAGCUGCAAUCCCUCCAGAGCCAUUCGGAUUAUGUUACAUACGCCUUUUUGGGAAAUUUCCGUGUAGAGCACAAACAAGGCUCUCAUAUAUCAGUUGAGAGUUCUUGGGUAUGCUUCCGAGGUGAAAGAGUAAUAUGGCUUCCCCCUGAACUUCGUGAACCUAGUUGUCGUGCUAUCAACCAUGAUAUACUGGCCCUUGGGGCCUGGGAGAGCUGGGCCUUAUAUUUUGAUUUCCAUGGCCUGGAAAUUUCCAGCCACUUGGACUUCGAAGGUUUUUAUAUCAAAUGGGUCUUCAUAACUUCCGAAGUUGUUACCAUGAGUUGUAGCCGCUGUCUGCGCGAUGAGACAAGCCAACGCAGUUAUAGAGCCAACCGCAUUUUCGAUCAGUCGUGCGCCCACUAUAUACCCCUUGGCUGUCCUAGCACCUUCGCCUUUAAUUGUUAUAGUGCUUACAGAGCUGACUUUAGGGAAUCAUCACGUUCAGGCUACGGCUCAAUAAAAUAUCCAAAGGUCGGGGCAGCGGGUCAGAAAAAUGAUUAUCAAAUGUUUGUUGGUCAAUCCGAUUUCGAGAACGACUGUACAUUAACAAGAGUUUACCGAAAUUGA